AUGCCGACGACCACAAGUAGCGGCGGUACUCGCGUGCGCGAAACCAGCACAAAGAAAGAAAAAGACAAGAAGACCCUCAAGCUCGAAAAGGAGGAGCCCAAGACUCCCAAAGCUAAAGUUGUCAAGCGAGAGGCCAAGAAGAAGGAGAAGAAGGAGAAGAAGAGAGACGUACGCAGAGAGGAGAAGGCCAAGAAGAAAGCAGAGGAGGAUGAGCCUAAGUUUACUGUUGGGGAGCAGAAGGCGUUGAAGAGCGCAAGGAAGGAUGGAAAGCAUGCUUUUUGGGAGGGCUUGGAUGAGUUUUUGCGGUGA